AUGCGGUCGUUUGUUGCCGCUUUACUGGCCCUCUUGGUGCGCUAUGGCCAGUCAUGGUAUGAUCCUCCCUGCGCAUACGCCUGUCGCGCCAUAAUCGGCAAUGCACCUCUUGAUUGUCCAUCAAUGGACCACGGUAGCAUGGAUCUGAGCGAGCACUCACACGGUGGUUCACCAACGGCGCCCUGCAUCGCAAAGAAUGGCGACUUUCUACGCACUCUCGCAAAUUGCAUUAGCACUCGCUGCGCAGAAGUAUCGUCCUCAAAGCUUGAAGCAUACUGGGCGCAACAAGCUACUGGGGACAAGACUGUAUCUCCUCAAUGGACUUAUGGCGCCGCGCUUGCGAAUGUGACAGCGUCUCCCAGGAGGACGUAUAUCGCGGGCGACAAGUUAAACUACACAGCGCUUAUUGCAGAUGCUGAUUAUCAGUAUCAGUAUGAUUUCAACGUCUUUUUCGACUGGGAGGAAGCUGUUCAGUCCACUUAUGUUAUCGUUUUGAUCUCUGUGGGCGUCGCAACGCCAGUCCUUUUCUCGACUCUGGGCUACCUCCCCUUCAUGACGCGAGCCAUAGAUAGGAUCAAGCCAUACCUUAACUUCCCAUACCCCCACCCCUGGGGCUUCAACGAGUCAGCCGAGCUACUAGCAUACGUCGGCUAUCGAACAGGCCAUAUCUCCUUUGCCCUGUUGCCACUCACAGUCCUCUUCUCUUCGCGCAACAAUAUCCUCUUGUGGAUCACUGACUGGCCUUUCUCGACCUUUCUGGUCCUUCACCGCUGGGUGGCCCGUCUCUGCGCGCUUCAUGCGAUCGUUCACUCCAUCACCCUCCUUACCGCCUACAUCAGCCUUGGAACCUACUAUACAGAUGCCCACAAGCCUUAUUGGAUCUGGGGUAUCGUUGGAACACUAUGUCUAGUCCUCCUUCUAGUUCAGAGCGUUCUGUGGUUUCGUCGCGCUUCAUAUGAAGUAUUUCUCGCCCUUCAUAUUCUCCUCGCUGCUUUCGCCAUUGUCGGCUGCUGGUACCACAUCUACUUCUGGAAACCGUUCUCUGGAGUUUACGAAUUAUGGAUAUACAUGGUUUGUGCUGUCUGGUUCUUUGAUCGUCUCUUCCGUGUGCUACGCGUGGCGAAAUUCGGUGUCCGACGAGCCAAUGUCGUCGAGUUGUCCGAUGAGGUCGUCCGCCUGGAUAUUUCUGGCGUCAGAUGGCUAUCCAUGCCAGGCUACCAUGCCUACAUCUACUUCCCUACACUGCAGUCGUUCCGCCCUUGGCAGAAUCACCCUUUCUCCGUCACCAAUACUGCUCUAUUACAAAAGAUGUCUACAUCGGAGCGAGCAUCAUCGCAUUCGGGUGAUGUGGAGAUGAGCCAGAAGGCUCCUCAAAUUGUCAUAUCCCAGAGCGUUACAGGUACUGACAGCAUCUCCCUCUACAUCAAAAAGCACAAUGGCACCACGAGUCUAUUACGAAAGCACUCAAACCUUCCUGUCCUGCUCGAGGGCCCUUAUCGCGGCAACACCACCCGUGAUGUGCUCAAGUGCGAUCGCGUACUGCUUAUCGGUGCUUGGAGCUUGAAAGGGUCUUCCCGGCCGCUUUUGCAGGACCUCGACCCAGCACUGAGCGAGAUAGCAGAUAAGGUCAUAUCGGUCGGUGAGCGGUUGGAUGUCAGGGCGCUCUUGGAGCAAGACAUUGAGGCGGGUUGGAAGAGAAUCGGCGUUGUUGUUUGUGGUCCUCCUGGACUCUGUGACAGUACUCGUUCAGCUGUCGUUAGUGUUGGAAAGGCAAGCGAGGUUGUAUUUGAGCUGGAGGUUGAUGCCUUCAGUUGGUAA